CGAAUGGGGGCAACAACUUCACAGCCGUUAAAUUUCAAGCCACAACGCACUCUGUAUAUAUAAAUUUAUACACACACAUAUCGUUACAUCAUCAUCAACAACUUCUUCUUAUUGGCAGUAAUUUGAUCCGUACAUCGAGAGUCACGCCCAUGGCGGCAUCUCCGACGUCAACAGUAACAGCGGAAAAAGCGCUGUCGUUCAUCACGAAAGGCUGGAGAGAAGUGAAAGACUCGGCCGACGCGGAUCUCCAAUUGAUGAAAGACCGCGCCAAGUCAUUCAAAACCCUAGCUUCCUCCUUCGAUCGCGAGUUCGAGAACUUUCUCACGUCCGCCUCGCGAUCGACUUUCGCCGUUCCCGCCAUCUCGGCCACCUCCGCGCCGGCCGAAAUCGACUUCGUUAAGAGGCUCCAGCCGAAAUUCACGGAGUUUCGGAGGGCGUACUCGUCGCCGGACUUCAGUAGGAGAGUGUUGGAGAAGUGGAGCCCGAGGGCGAAGCUGCGGAUCGAUUUGUCGGCGAUUAAGAACGCGAUUGUGUCGGAGGUGGAGGAGUUUGAGGAGAGGGAGAGGUUUUUGAGAGGGAUUAGGGAGAGGUUCAAGACGGAGAGGGAGAGUCAAGAAGGUUUGUCGAAGGAUUGGGAGCCGAUUAAGGCGUUUAAGUUGCGGUUGAGGGAGUUCGAGCAGAAGAAUUCGUCGUCGGAGCUCUUCGGAGGGUUUAGAAAGAGUGAAAUUGUUGAGAAGUUAAAAAGUAAUUUGAAAUUAAUUCUUAAGGAGACGAAUGAAGGAAAGGUGUCUGCUGAUGAAGUUCCACCUCUGGAUUUUUCCGAACUUUUGGCACAUCUAGUUAGGCAGUCUGAACCCUUUUUAGAUCAACUUGGGGUUAGCAGAGGUAUAUCCGACAAGAUAGUGGAGAGCUUGUGCAGUAAAAGCAAGAGUCAUCUUCGGCUGACUUCUCUUUCUUCAGAUGAAACUUCCAUUAUUGAAAGUGAUAACAUCAACGAUGAAUUAGACAUGAGGAUAGCUAGUGUUCUGCAAAGCACAGGUCACUGUUACGAGGGUGGGUUAUGGACUGACUCUACCAAGCGUGAUGCGUCAGAUGGGAAACGGCAUGUAGCCAUCGUCACAACUGCUAGCCUACCGUGGAUGACAGGAACAGCUGUAAAUCCAUUGUUUAGAGCAGCAUAUCUUUCCAAAUCUGCAAUGCAAAAUGUCACCCUGUUGGUUCCAUGGCUUUGUAGAGCUGAUCAAGAAUUGGUUUAUCCAAACAAUCUCACAUUUGGUUCACCAGAAGAGCAAGAGCUUUAUAUACGGAAGUGGCUUGAGGAAAGGGUUGGUUUUAAGGCUGAUUUUAAAAUAUCGUUUUAUCCAGGAAAGUUCUCAAAGGAAAGGCGUAGUAUAAUGCCUGCUGGGGACACUUCUCAGUUUAUUUCAUCAAAAGAUGCUGACAUUGCUAUCCUGGAGGAACCCGAACAUCUCAACUGGUAUUAUCAUGGGAAACGGUGGACUGAUAAAUUUAAUCAUGUCGUUGGUAUAGUUCACACUAAUUACUUGGAGUACAUCAAGAGAGAAAAGAAUGGUGCCCUUCAAGCUUUCCUUGUAAAACAUGUAAACAAUUUGCUCACUAGAGCUUAUUGCCACAAGGUUCUUCGACUUUCAGGUGCUACACAAGAUCUACCUAGGUCUGAGAUUUGCAAUGUACAUGGUGUGAAUCCACAGUUCCUCAAGAUUGGUGAAAAAGUGGCUGCAGAAAGGGAGUCGGGUCAAAUUGCCUUCUCAAAGGGCGCAUACUUCUUAGGGAAGAUGGUCUGGGCAAAGGGAUACAGAGAACUGAUAGAUUUAUUAGCGAAGCAUAAAACCGAGCUUGAUGGAUUUAAACUGGAUGUGUUCGGAAAUGGAGAGGAUGCUCAUGAAGUUCAAAAUACAGCCAAAAGAUUGGAGUUAAAUCUCCAAUUUAUGAAGGGCAGAGACCAUGCUGAUGAUUCUCUUCACGGUUAUAAAGUAUUCAUUAAUCCCAGUGUCAGUGAUGUGCUCUGCACUGCUACAGCUGAGGCUCUUGCAAUGGGGAAGUUUGUUGUUUGUGCAGAACAUCCAUCAAAUGAGUUUUUUCGUUCAUUUCCAAAUUGUUUGACGUACAAAACACCUGAAGAUUUUGUUGCAAAAAUCAGAGAAGCAAUGGCUAACGAACCUCAGCCUCUAACUCAGGAGCAACAGUACCGUCUUUCAUGGGAAGCUGCUACCCAGAGGUUUAUGGAGUAUUCUGAUCUUGACAAGAUUCUGACCAACGCCAGCAGUACUUCACAACCGACCAAUUCUGAUAAAAAGAUGAGUAAAUCAGUUUCAAUGCCAAACAUGUCAGGCAUGGUUGAUGCAGGGAUGGCUUUUACACACUACGUUUUAACAGGAAAUAGCUUCCUUAGGUUGUGUACUGGGGCAACACCAGGGACACUUGAGUAUGAUCAGCAACACUCUAAAGAUCUCCAUCUCCUGCCUCCACAAGUAGCACACCCCAUUUACGGCUGGUAGUUGGUUCCGUUAUAUAGGUGUACAUAGUUCAGUUCCCUCUAAGUAUAUCUAGAAUCAGCCUGUCAUGAAUUAAUUCAUAGUGCUCUUUCAAUGUUAGCUAUUCAUUUCUUACCGCAUGUUGCUGUGGUAAAUAGUCCAACAUUGUUACACAUGUAAAUUAGACUUUAAAUACGUUAUGUAACACUUGUAGAGCAAUUGGUUUCUGCUUGCUACGAAUACACGCGGUGAGUAGAAUCAUAUUUUGUGUUA